UCGGCAGUCGCACACCGACAAAGGGCAUCCAAGUUGUUUUCAAAAGUUUUUUCGUAAAUUCCAAAGCACUUAUUUGUUUUAAAACUUAUUGGUGGUAAAAUUGGAAAAUUCGAAGACAUCCCAGUAGAGAAAUUUAAUCAAAAAGAAGAAAAAAUACUAAUCUAAUUAUGGCACAUGCCACCAAACAAGGACCCCAACUGUUAAAUGGCUUCAAACGUUUAACCCGUUUCGACAAAGGCUUGGGUGCCCAAUUGCCUGAAGCCUAUAAGAAAUUCUGGCGCGAAUGGAAAAUGACCCAACCAGCGGCCGUGCACUAUAUUCCCAAGGAUGGCGUUUGGGAACGUGAUGAAGUUACGGGUGAAAUUAAGCCGGUGCAAAAUGUACCCAUACCGCUGAUCGAUCCACCCGAAAGUCACCAAGGUAUAUGGGGUGGUGAAGCUGUCAUAAAAGGUUUUCAAAAGCGUCAGCGCCUGUCACGUCGUGUUCCACACUUUUGGGUGCCGGUGUUGAAGCGUUCCGUUGUGCACAGUCAGGUGUUGAAUGAAUACAUGUCGGUGGUGGUGACCGAUAGGACUAUAGAAAAAAUUCAUGAAUGUCAUGGGUUUGAUCAUUACUUGUUGAAGACCCCAGCCUGUGACUUGCGUUCAGCAUUGGCCCUUACACUAAAACGGAAAAUUCUUAUUGAACUUUUAAAUAAUUGCCCAUCUUUGGCAGGGCAACCCAGCGAACGUGAACGUGUUCUCAAAGAAUACAAAUGUUAUUUGGAAGCGUACACCCCCGAGGAAAUUGAAUGGUACGGUUAUACCUAUGAUGAAGCAAUUAAGAAAAUUGCUGCUCAAAUACGUGAACAAAACAAGCCAGUUCCACACAAACUUGAAUUCCGUAGAAAAUUAAUUGAACAAUUGCAACAGGCAAAUAUGAAGAGCGAAACAGAAUCGGAUGAACCAUCGGGUAAAUUGGCUGCAAAAAGUUCAUCAGACAGUGAUGCCGAUAUUGAAGCACUAACAAAAUUAGAAUCACCUUCUUCAAGUUCAAGCUCUUCCAAUUGGUUAUCAAAGAUAAAUCCAUUUGGAAAGAAACAGGAGACAUAAAGAAUGUAAAAUGUAAUUAAAUUUAUUUCUUUCAAUACUGCCCCCAUUGUUGUUCAAUUCUUUUUUGUUUUGUUUGAAUGCUCUUCCUUUAUCUUCAAAUGGAGCCAAAAAUAGCACUUCAUGUUAUUUGUUUUCCAUUUUUUCGCUUUUGUUUGUAUUCUUUAAAUAGAUGUGCAAAAAAACGUAUUUUGAAAUUCAUGAAAACCAGUUUUACUUUCACCAAUUUGUUCAUCUCAUAUUUUGAUUUUUUUUUUGUCUCAUAUCUCGAGUGUAGAAGUUCCUGGACAAGAAAAAAAAAAGAAUCGAACAACUUGUUAUUGCAAAGGAAUUGCGGAAUAAAUAAAAACAAGAAUAAAGAAAAGAUAUGUUGGCCUAGCCUUAUGGUAAUGAAUAUUCAAUAGUAAACAAA